UUAUAUAUUAUUGUAGUAUAUGUUAUUAUUGUUAAUGUAUUAAAUUUUAUAUAACUUGUAAUAUAAAUGGAGAUACAUGGUUUCUUGUACAAAUGUACACGAUUGGCGUAUAGUUAAAGCUAAUACAAAAUGUGAUUCUACUCAUCGAUAUAAAACUUUUUGUGCUUAUUACGUUUUCGAAAACUCAUAAGUAAUAACUUAAGUUUUGAAGUUUGCUUUCUCUUAACAGCGUUUUUUAAUUGUAUACAUGUAUAAGAAAAACAAAUUAAUAUGUAGAUGACAGAUGUAACUUAACCAUGUUAUUCAAAAAUAAUAUUUCACUUCAAUUCAGAUCUCCGAUUUUAUAAAUUUUAUUAAUAUGCUAUGUUAAUAAAGUUCCGCAUUUAUUUUCUUUUUAGAAUAUCAUUAUUUUGAUAGUACAAGUUAUGUCAAAAGAUAUUUGUCGUCAUGAUCAGUGUAAGCUCAAACAAAUACUGGAACAAGUGGAAGCUCUUUCAGAUGUAGUGGACGAACUUAGGUCGGAACUAAAUCGUUUGAAGAAAAUAUCCUUUAACGUGAAUCGUGAAAAUGUAUGUUUCGAAUCUAUAAAAGAAAAUGACAAAAUUGAUUAUGCUAGUCUGAAUGUAUUACAAAAAGUAAAACCAUGUUUUGAAAAUAUUGAAUUUUCCGCAAAGAUCGACGAAACGUAUAAGCUCACAAAAAAUAGCCAGGUAUUUUGAUAAUAUAUUAAACAAAGAUAUUUUUAAUAAUAAUGACCAACAUUUUUUGGUCAUAAGAAUUUCUCAUAUAAAUAUUAUAUAUGUAUAUAUUCGUUUUUACACAAUAUUCUCUUUUACAAAUUUAACAUAAUAUUUCCGACAUAUUUAUUAAUAUUUCCUACAUAAACAAUGUUCUUCUUCACACAGUAUUUGGAAAAAUUGAUUAAGAUUUGAGAAUUUAAUAUAAUAAAUGUCAUAGCAUGUUGCCGUCUUUUGUUAUUUAUACAUAUAACAAUUAUCUACGUUUAUAAUAAAAAUUAUUUAUACAAAGAAUAUAUAUAUAGCAAUAGUUUUACGUAGGAAAUAUUAAACCGUAUUAAACUUAUAAAAAGAAAAUGUAUAUUACUUUUGUGUAUUAAGGUCUUGAAGAAAGAGGGCCAAGAACCAAUUAGAUUCUCAACGAUAUACGAUAACUUGAAAUACUUUAAAAACAAGAUAAUUAAAAAUAUACAAAGUGUUCGAAAGACUCAACAAUUCGCAAAGAGCACUAAAAAUAAAUGUGUAAUAUCCAAUGAAAAGCAACAAAUGUGUCUUUUGCAAAGAAAAGACAUAAGUCAACAUGAGUCCUUAAAAUUCCAUAGAAGAAACGAAUAUAUAAAUAAGUACACCGACAUUGUCGAAGAAUUGGGUAAUUCGGUAGAUACUUCAUUUACAUCUGAUACUUCUGCACAAGCAGACAUUGUUAUACGUUCACGACAAGAAAGUGACAAGAAGUCGUGCAAUUGUAACCGUUUUGCAAGUCGAAACAUUACGGAAAAUAAUGAGCAAACCAGCCCGUUAUCAAUGAUAAACGAUGAUCGAUCUAUGAUUCACUUAGAUAGGUUCGCAGAUAAAUUAUCAAAAAAUUAUGUGAGACAAACGUUUUUAAAGAAUAAAAGAAAAAAAUAUAAAAAAUGUUCAUGCAGGAAACAAUGUCCUUAUGCGCUAUAUAAAUUGCCAUGUAAUAAAUACAGAUGUAGCACGCCGGAGAAGAAAGUAGAGGACGAAAUUAGCGGAUUGACGCUCGAGUGCUUAAGUUUCGGGGAAAAGAGAGAUUUCCCGAAGUUUAUAAAUGUCGAUACGGUGCGAAAUAGUGAAUGUUGCACGGAUUCUUCGCCUGUCGAAAUUGGAAUGGACGAAUCUUUAACUUCUUCGCUUUCGGUGGAUCUCGAAGUUGAUAUUUGUAACGAUUACUGCGAUUUGGAAGAGGUCGACGAAUUUACCGAGCGAAGAAAAGCCAGAACAUAUAUUGUAAACAGAACGAACAUGAGAAAAGAUGAUUUAAUUAAAGGUUUUAGAGCUGAGAAUGAACCAUCUUUUAACAUAAUUUCCUCAUGGAGAAAUGUAAGCGAAAAAAAGGAAAAGAUCGAUGAAAUAGUGAAGAAAGUUCUGUCUCAAGAAAGAUACAUAUAUUCUGAAGAAAAUAGCCAAGGGUAUAAAAAAUCUGGAACAGGGAACUUUAUCAGCGAUCCAUGGCCAUUAAAAAACAGUAAACAAAUUCAAUGCGUUAUUCCUGCAUUAACAACUCCAGUAUUUAAUAGAAAAAUAUCUGAAAAAACUUCAACUUCAAAUGUUCAACAAAAAGGCAUUCAAACGUAUCGAACGACAGACAAGACGAAAUAUAAUAGUUUUCCUAAGAUAAUAAUUCCAAGAAGAAUAAAAACGAAUGUACAAACACAAGUUGGCAAACGCUCGUGUUUGAACAGUAUACAACAUGGAUCGUCAGCUUUGGAUAAUUGUACAAAUAGAAAGAACGCGAAAGAGACUGAUGUCAAGGAUGAAGGAAAAAUGAUUACAAGGAAAAAAAAUAUCUGCGAUAUUUGUGCUAUCGAGAUGGAUGCUUUAUCAUCGGAAAUAAUUUGGCCUCGAAUGAAGAAAUCUAAUAUUUAUUCUGCACUCCAGGCUGAAGAAGACAUUAAAAUUCAUUCGAAUAAAGCCUUUGAGCCAAAUGUGUAAUUUAGCUGACUGGCAAACUAGAGUAAUGCCUGUGAGAACGUCUUGUCCGUAUUGUAGCAAUCACGUCUAUGGUAAAAAGCUCAAAAAUUAUGUGGCUCUGUCAAGUCCUACCGAUUACCAUCCUUCAUCUAAAGGACUGAAUUUUAAUAUGAGCAAUGUAUCCGACAAGGUUUAUAACAGUCUUGAAAAACUCGAUGAUAUUGCUGCUUGAUAUUUGAUCAUAAUGUUAUAUUUUAUGGGAGAAUUUAAUGUUUUCAGGUUUUAUCUAGUUAAAUUGAUAAUUAAUGAUAAAAAUGAUAAUACAUAUGUAUAUUAUCGUCCCAAAUGCGCCAUAUUAUUUAAAAUAUAAUUUAUUAUAGCAGUAACAACAAACAUUAGUCUUGUAUAGACAUAUAAAUCAGACAUUUGCAACGACAUUUACUCCGCUGUUCUUCGAUAUUGCUCUCGUUAACAUAGUCUUACGAGUACAAAGAAGCGUAUACAUAUUAAUUACAUAUUUUUCCUGAA